UAUGGUGUGGCAAAAAAUGGGGCUUCUCAAUGUUAUAUUUAUGAAGUAAUCUUAUGGGUUGGAAUUGGUGCAUGGGUUACACUUUAAAUUGUAAUGAUCAAAUGGUCUUCAGGGAGACUUUUGCUAAGGUAUAUAUAAUCUCAUAUAUUUUGUUUGCUACUAAAUUUUUGCUUACAUUUCUGAACAGAUUCCAGUAUAGGGGAUUUUUCAAUCAAAAAUAUAAAUUGAAUUACCUUGGCUCUCAUGGCUUUAGAAUAUUCCUGUUGAAAUACUAAUAUCUAGAACUCAAUUAAAUCUUUAUACAUCUUGUGAAGCUUUUUUCUAAAAUUUCAUAACUGCAGGUUAGUUAGUCUGUGCACAAUAUGGCAGCAAGUCCCUGCAGCCUGCAGAGUGGGACAGCAUUUAGAUACCUUGAGGUGAUCACACGAUGCCCGCUAGUGAAGGUCCUCACCUCGCUCUUGUUCACAACUGGUUAUGCCAAAAGCGGCGCAGAGAAGCGGGAGCUAGUGGAAGAUAAAUUCCGGCAGUUGGAGCAGAAGAAGCCUGGCUUGAUUGCCAAAUUAUGGGAUGCUCUCAUUAAGUACUUCUUGAAAGAGAUAGCACCUGCUCGAGGCGCCCGCCAAGUCCUCUGUCGUGAUGCUUUGCUGCGCGCCGAGGUGCCCAAUUCUCCUGGGUGUGAGGCAGUCAUCCAGCUCCUGUUAUCUGACAACGUUUUCGUGAUGCAGUGUGCGCAUGAAAGUUUCAUCUUGAUCUCGGCUCUUGUUAGAAAAUUUCACAACAUCAAGACGCUCAUAUCGUAUGAGUUUUCCCUGAAUUAUCCAUUGCUUGACUUAUGUUUGCCCAUGUUCCCAAAUCUCACUGUUUUGAAGGCUCGUCUCAGCAUGGACGAUAUAGAUAAAACUUUAGAGGUCAUACGCAGGCGAGCACCUAAUCUACAAGUGAUUUCCCUUCCUAAAUUGAGAAUGGCUUAUGUAUCAACAGACUCAGUGUCUCGAUUUUUAUUCAAUGAUGCUCCUUAUAUGGAGAUUGAGAAAAAAUUUGCUCUAGGGGAGAGUGUCAAAGUCUCUUUCAGCAAACUCAGAUACCUGAGUCUUCCUUUCAAAUUGCCAGUACAUCUGGCAAUGAUAAGAAUGACUCUGUUCUGCUACGCUGAUUGCCAUGUAGACUGGCUACCGGAUUACAAAGACCCCGUGCGCGUUAGUGCCUUUGACUCCUUGAUUUGUCCCACCAUCGACUUGGUUCCUUCUCAUGCUCUUCAGAGAUGUGAAUUACGCUUCGAGGAUCUCAGAUUCCCGUACAUUGAAGAGAUCUUUGAGAAGUGGGAAAAUAUCAACUCCUUGAGAUUUUUACUUGGGCAGUCGUGUGUCUCAAUGGACCUUGCUCUUGCUCAAAGAAAACUCGCUUCUAUUUUCAGUUCCAAAUCUAAACUUACAUGCUUUCAGCUGAUGGUCCUCUCCAGCAACGUAGACAGAGGUAUUGAAGCUACUUUGAACGUCUUGAAAAAAAGUGGGCAUAAAAUACGUGAAUUUGUUCUUGUGGAUAACAACUGUUAUCUCACGCAUAAAGACAUCAUUGAUUUUAUUAAUUGUUUCCCUGGUGUGGAGAAAAUGCAUCUCGAGUGCAAACCAACGUCACGUUAUCAUAAAGAGGCAAAAAUUAUUCCCUUGUCGAACCUGACCACCUUCCGUGUCCAUUACAACCCAGACGACACGAGUAGCAAAACCAAGAUUUCAUCCAUGAUUAUCACGGACAUCCUCAAAGAGAGCCCUAAUUUGAUCACCCUCACGAUGCCCUAUGAUGAUUCUUUCAGAAAUAUUUUGCAAAAAGGCAAGAUAAUUCCCAGCCUGAAGAGAAUAAAUUUUUACAUUUAUUCUGCAUUUCUCAAUGAACCCGUUCUUCGCGAGACUUUUGAAUUACUGAAACGAUCAAAUGUGACUGAGCUCUCCGUGCACGCACCUUAUCUUAUGCACCUCGGCAUAUCUGGUCCUCCUAAAGUGUACCGAGACAACAGCAGCGUGUUAGUUGACCUGUCCCUUAUCUGCCACAACCGAGCCUUGGAUGCACGUUACUUCAGCGAUGAGCUGAAGUUACCAUACUGUUAGAUUACCGUUGCUCGUAGUGGUGAAUGCGCAUCCCGAUCUGGCGAGACUGGAGAGAGCUUACGGCGAUCAGCUCAACAUGUUGAUCGCAAUUAAUCAUGUCGGAUUUAAGAAUGGAAUGACUGGUUCUAAUUCUAAUUUGUGGUAUCUUAUCUUAUUCUAAGUAUCUUAUUCUAAUUUACAUUGUAAGCAAACUAUGUUCCAUAGGUGAUUUUGGAUAGUUUACUGCUCAAAUUGUUUCAAGAGAUAUCGUUUGUUCAGUAACGUUAUACGCUCCCGGAUCGUGCCUUUUAGCCACUUCUGACCGUGUCGGCAAUGGCGUUCGUUGCAGAGCCUCGCUUAUUUAACUGAAUGCUUAACUCAUUUAGUAUGUAUCCCUGCUCCUAAUUAUUAUGCCUCUCAAGAGCCCGCUGCAUACUUGGUCUUUUUUUCUUAGCUGUGAUUUUAUAACUUGGAGAUGCUAAAAUAAUAAUUUUAACAAAUA